AUGAGAGCUCGCUCCAGUUCCGUUACCGUACUCUACGAUAAAAGACAUCGCAAGGGAGUCUCCCUUGAUCGAAACAAUAACUACGCAUCACGAGAAGUCGAAAAGCAACCCAGAAUGGUCCAUACUUCGUCUCGCCACGUCAACGAAGGUUUUUUUGGAGUCUCCAAAUGGAUUCAGCAUGUUGACGGACGUCAAGAAAUCGAAAAGCAAUACGAGAUUGGCGCUGUUAUCGGCAAAGGAAACUUCUCGAGUGUGCAUCUGACGAGACGCAAGGAGGAUGGCACCAAGUGCGCGCUCAAGCAAGUCGAAAAACGAGCAAUGCGCGGGAAAUGCUUCUUUGUGGACAAUGAAGUCGAGAUGCUUUCUCUAAUUCAACAUGAUCACAUAAUCUCAAUAAUCGACGCAUUCAGUACUGAUAAUCAGUAUUUCAUUGUUUUCGAGCACGCACAGUAUGGAGAUCUUUAUGAAACCAUUCGUAAAAAUGGGAGAAUCGAAGAAUCAGAUGCUGCAAUGAUAACUCUGCAAGUGGCAUCUGCUCUCACUUAUUUGCACGAGCGGAACGUUGUUCAUCGAGAUGUCAAACCUGAAAAUCUGCUUCUCGUCGACAAGUUCAGUGUGAAACUCUGUGAUUUCGGAUUGGCUUGCCAUGUCCUUGGACCUCUAUAUCGUAUAUGUGGAACACCUACAUAUUGUGCUCCAGAAGUUCUUCGAGAGACUGGAUACUCAACCAGAUGUGAUAUAUGGUCCCUUGGAGUUGUUCUCUACGUGAUGCUCGUUGGAUAUGCUCCAUUUCGUGCCCCAGAUCAAUCCCGGUUGUUCAAACUGAUAUUGCAAGCAAAACCAAAUAUGGAUAUGCCAGAAUGGAAAGGAGUCUCUAUGAGAGCCAAAGAUCUUGUAUCUCGUCUUAUGAAUAAGAACGAAGAACGUCGUCCACUUGCCUCCCAAAUUGUUUCUCAUCCCUGGAUUGCUCCGUUCACAAUGGAGAAUAUCGACGAUGAAUAA